CCUUAUGAUAAGCCUUGGUAUUAGGCUAUCAGCUGACUGACUUGCACGUGAUGUCUUGAUCCAAAUCGUUGUAUUAGCUCUGCAGUACAAAAUUAAUAUUCGCCGAGAUAACACCCUGAAUUACCUUGACAUUGGUAUUGGUUCACAAGAACUGGUUCGUCUAUUAUACGACUCGUGACCGUCAGCUGCACGGUGUGUGAGGUUCAUGAUGACCCAGCUUGGUCUCUGUAUGCUGCUUAUUGAACUCUCUCUACUUUUGCACACCAGUUGUGGAGCUGACCAAGUUCACCCACAUAUUGUCAUCAUUGUUGCUGAUGAUCUAGGCUUCAAUGACGUGGGCUUUCAUGGUUCAACCCAGAUUCCAACUCCCAAUAUUGAUGCUCUAGCUUAUUCAGGGGUCAUCUUGAAUAAUUACUAUGUACAACCAAUAUGUACACCCUCAAGAAGUGCUCUCCUGACUGGCAAACAUCCGAUACAUACGGGUCUUAACCAUGAUGUAAUAUAUGGGCCCCAACCCUAUGGAAUUCCAAUUGGAGUGAGGCUCCUACCACAACACUUGGUCAAGUUGGGUUAUGCUACUCGUCAUGUUGGGAAAUGGCAUUUGGGUAUGGCUACUCGUGAGCUAACUCCCAUUUACCGAGGCUUUAUGUCUCAUUUUGGGUAUUGGACAGGUCACCAAGAUUAUUAUGAUCACACAGCUCAAGAAGGG